GCUGCUGGCAGGGCAGGGACACCAGCUAACACACGCACACACAUCCAACACACACACACCUACUCAAACAUCCCACUUGAGUGUGUGUGUGUGUGUGUGUGUGUGUGUGUGUGUGUGUGUGUGUGUGUGUGUGUGUGUGUGUGUGUGUGUGUGUGUGUGUGUGUGUGUGUGUGUGUGUGUGUGUGUGUGUGCGCCUCUAUGAUGCUUGCAGGGCAGGGUCGCAGCUAACACACAUUCAACACGUACACAAUCAUCCCACUUGUGUGUGUGGGUGUUAACCUAUGUGAUACUGGGACAUCAGCUAACACAGACAAACACACACUUACCACUUGGAUGUAUGUGUGUGUGUGUGUGUGUGUGUGUGUGUGAAGAAGAGUGGAGCAGUAGUACUAGAGUCCCAGGGGCCAUUCUGGGGUCCCCUGGGGGUCUGCAGCUAAAUGACAGAUACUUAAAUAUCUCUGGACAAAAAUACAUGAACACUCAGGUUGUCGAUGUAACACACAUCUGUUUGGAGGCCUUGAUGUGCAAAUGUUGCCUUAAAGCUAAAUUUGAACUAUUUAUGGGCGUCACACACACACACACACACACACACACACACACACAGUGGCACCGUUCCAUUCAUUGUGGACAGCCUAACCUAAAAAUCUUAUCUUUAACCUUAACCAUGACCAAUUCACACUUUAUCCCUAAACUUAUAAAAGGAGCUAAGAAGUGAAGUUUGGCCUCAUAAAGACCGGGCUUCGGUCCCCAUGAGGUCUACUGAGCCUAACAAGGUCAGUGUUUAUGCUGGAGAAAGUCCUAAAGAGGCAACACAAAUAAGUAGACAGAACACACACAUACACACUCACUCUCUCUCUCGUGUCUCUUUGAUCUUCGUCCCUCGGGGCCCACUACCCAGAUGUCCUCCUUCAGGGAGAUCAAAGCAGGAACUCUCGACAUUUUCACCCCUGUAAAUUCUCCCUGUUAAGAACGACACGUUACUAUAAGUCAGUUUUCAGUAGGAUUAUUGAUUAGUGUAGUAUCAGAGUAUAUCGUUUGAGAUUACAAUACUGUUAUAAAUAUCUAGUGAUUUAAUAACUGACUGCUCUGGCCUCAAUGAUCUAAUGAAACAGGACUUAUUGAUAUUUAUUCCUAUACAGAAUUAUUUAUGAGGUUUUAGUAGAAGCUGUUUCACCAGACUCCACAGAGAGCUGCUCCUUAUCUUCUUCUGCCAUCGUGUUUGUCAAUGGGUUGGGCACAACAUUAGAGACACCUCCCAGUGUAACGCAAACUACGGCCUCAGCAGAACACCAGUUUGUUAAUGGCUAAAUUAAUACUUAAGUGUCAAUGUGAGCUUUGUAAACGCAGCUUGUAAGACUGAAGGAGGUUUUCACAGAGCUAUCUAAAGUAUAUUCAAAGCAAACGAUUUGACUUAAGGGAAUUUGCAUUUUCAGUCCCACUGGUACAGAGAGUAACAAGUGCACACAUUACAUUCUAAUAGAUGCAUAUGAAACUAUACAUUUUUGGGGAUUCAUGCUGAUAGCAAUAUUAGGGUGCUGAAUAUCAAUGUGACCAAUAUAUCUGCGGAUGUAUGUAUUGUAUAUAUUCGGUAAUGAUUCCUAAAAUGUUGUUAUCAAACCUGUAUGAAAUGUAGGCUUUAUAUUUUGUGAAAUUGGGAGGUCGAGGCUUGAUUUAAAUGUUUUUUAAACUUCAUUAAUAACCAUUUUAAUCAACACAAAAUAAAUCAAAACCAAAUAAAACAGAACUUGAAUAAAGAAAUUACGUUUUUAACGCAACUACGUCUCAAAUUGGCCAACCAAUAAGGCGGCUGGGCUCGACUGAGAAUAUCUGAAGUGUCUCGUUUGAUGAUUUCUGCAUCAUCACUCAUCCUCCCAGCGUGUUGUUCUGGACCGAAGGCCACACAAGUUCAAUCAGUUAAUGUUACUAAGAGUCAGAGUGAGUGAUGGUUCCUGUGGCCCGAGCGUUCAAUGCUCUGCCGCCGUUAUCAGGCCGAUCUCUGGCCUUGGUCCAGUCAGAGCACUCUGAGGCUCAUUGCGUCACAGGUUCACCCCUGAUAUGAAGUGAUCGAGUCGUUGUAGCGGCCGCAGGUUUUCCUCUCUAUUCACCCUGCAGGAUUUGAAGCUUUUCCACCUUUUAAGCAGGUCAAGUUAUUGUGCAAAUGUUCUCCUGACCUCUGGUACCCAGCCACUCCGAGAACUUGCUUAGACGAAUGUUAAACUCGCUAACCGGGUUGGCCUCCUGGCAGAUUUGCCCCUUUGGACUGAAUCAUAAUCCUCCAAGUCUAGGUAAAGUUCACCUGCUCUAGUACAAGCCCUUUUCAUGUUUCCACCACGAACAAUGAGCAGGACGAGCCAUUAGAGCUCAGGGUUUGGUCGUGGAGGUAAAUCUGAGGAUGCCGGCUCCACGUUCUGGUCGGAGGAAGGGAAGAGUGUUGAACCUUGCAUGCGCUCCCUCGUGUGAGCGCCUACCAGGAUCUAUUUAGUGACGUGUAGAGUACAGCGUUAAAUGAGUGAUCUGCCUGCUGUCAGGAGAACAGACUUCAUUCAGGUGCACACGGAUGGAGAGUAGGUCCCUCCAGGCCUCUGUCUUCCAUGUCUGCUCCCUCAGGCCACACUCGACUGAAGCAGAAUGAGCCGAUGAACUCCUUGCGGAUCUCCGUAGGAGGCCUCCCCGUUCUGAAUUCUAUGGCCAACGGCACGGACCCUCGUUUCCGCCUCAAGUGGAAGCCCAUCGUGGCCGCUGUUUUCGCCCUCUCGUUAUUCCUGCUGCUCUUCACGAACUUGAGCUCAGUGUUUGGCUCGCGUCAAUUUAGUGCCGCGCACGGUGACAUCCGGCAGUCCGAUGGCCGUUAUAAUGACACCUACCCUCUCAGUCUGCCUGAGAGCACGCCGCAGGGCACCCGCUAUCGCAUUGGGGUCAUCGCUGACCUGGACACAAACUCUCGCAGUGACAAGAAGCUGACGUGGUUCAGCUACUUGCGGCGGGGGUACCUGCUGGUGUCCGAUAGUGGCGACAAGGUGGCGAUCGACUGGGACGCGGACAGGGUGGUGCUGGAAAGCCACUUGUCGGAGAAAGGCAGGGGUAUGGAGCUGUCUGAGCUGGUGGUGUUCAACGGGAAGCUGUACAGCGUCGACGACAGAACGGGCGUGGUCUACCACAUCGACGGCGACAAGGCGGUGCCCUGGGUCAUCUUACCUGACGGCGAUGGCAGCGUAGCCAAAGGGUUCAAAGCUGAGUGGCUGGCAGUGAAAGACGAGCACCUGUACGUCGGUGGCCUUGGGAAGGAGUGGACCACCACUGAGGGCGAGUUCGUCAACAACAACCCAGAAUGGGUCAAAGUAAUUGGCUUCAGGGGGGAUGUGCAACACCAGAACUGGGUCCCCAGGUACAACUCUCUGAAGUCCGCUGCAGGGAUAGAGCCUCCAGGCUAUCUCAUCCACGAGUCAGCGGCGUGGAGCGACACCCUCCAGCGCUGGUUUUUCCUCCCCCGCCGCGCCAGCACGGACCGCUACGAAGAGGCGGCGGACGAGCGUCGCGCCACGAACCUUGUCCUCAGCUGCUCGCCAGAUUUCAAAGACAUGGUCAUGGCUCGGGUGGGUCCUCUCAACCCCACUCACGGUUUCUCCUCCUUCAAGUUCGUCCCCAACACAGACGACAAGAUCAUUCUGGCGCUCAAGUCGGAGGAGGUCGCCGAAAAGGUGGCCACGUACAUCAUGGCCUUCACGGUUGACGGACACAUCCUUUUACCUGAAACCAAGAUUGGCGACGUGAAGUAUGAAGGCUUGGAGUUCAUCUAAAGGAACUCGGAAACUCGGUCUUGAGACCACUGCACUGUAGUUCUAUUUCGUUUACAAGCCAGUCACUGUCGAAGUCAAUGCACUCGCUGCUUCCUCAUUAAGUUUGCAGAAGGCACAAGUCAGGCCCUUGGAGGACCCUCCUCAGUGCGAGGAGGAGAACACGCGGGCUGAGACUGAAGCGUGGUCCCGCCUCGGCUUCAGAGAGAGUGUCCGUCAGACCGAACAAUACCAGCAUUUCUCGUGGUGCAUCAUCUCCUUCCUCAACAUUACUGUAGCCUUUCUUAUAAUGAAUGUACUAACGAUUGAUUCAUCAGAAUGUGAUUAGUAUCCAUUUUUAUGCACAUACUUUACACUCUUAAAAGGUCAAAGGUCGUUUCCCCCUUUGCUCCAGGUCAAACUGCAUCACUCUGUACACACAAGACAUUAAUAUUGUCAGGGCAAAUCACUGAAAGCCUGUUUUUAUUCUUCGUAAAAAAAAUCGACAUCAUUUGAAGGAUUUGAGGAAAUUAGAAUGAUAUUGUAUGUCAUGUGUUUUAUGUCUGGCGGGUGUGCUGACUAAGUAAAUUCUUGAUUCCUCUUUUCUGA